AUGAAGAGUCAUUUUUUAGAUGAAUUGAAUUCCCAUGAGGAUGUGCAGUCAGAUGAGGCGAGGCUCAAUAACAGCCUACAAGUGUGGACACCUCAUGGCUCUUCUUACUACAAUGAUCCUGGGAUUCAAGCAGAUUGGCACAGUGCUCGAGAUCUUUGCCGCUCAUUUGGUGGAUACCUAGUUACCAUCAGAAGCCAAGAAACGCUGGAUUUCAUCAAUGGCUUCAAAUCGGUGCCCGCUGAUCAGUAUUGGAUUGGGGCCUCCGACGAGAAAAAGGAAGGAACGUUUGUUUGGGUCAACGAUGAGCCUUGGGAUUUUGAAAUUUUUCCUCCAACGGAGCCCAAUGGAGACACCGUGGAAAACUGUUUGUUGCUCUUUGGUGACUCUAAACCAGCGGAGGAGAAAGGAAAGUUUAACGAUAUGAUUUGUUCAGACGAGUUCCGAUUCAUUUGCGAGAGAAAUAUUUAA